CACCGCGCGAGCUCCGGGGCCCUCCGCAUCCCGCCCUCCAUCCCGGGCAGGGGUCCCCCCGGGUGUCUCCACCCUACCCCACGUCCCCCCCGGGAGACGCCCUUUGCCCGCGCACCCGGGACUUGCAGAAACUUUGCGGGCGCCCGUGGUGAGAUGGAAUUAAUCCGACGCGUCUGGCUCCGGCUCUUGCCCCUCCUGGCCGGCAGCCCCGGCGCCGUGUGGCUCGGAGAAGCGCUCGGAAGAUCAGAAGACUUCCUGGGACACGUGCUAGAUCCUCCACCUGCUGUCAGGCUAGAGGCAGAGAACUGCACAGCUUUCAGAAUCCAGUGGGGCGUGCCGGAACAUCCCAGGCACAUCAUCGUAGCAUUCAAGAUAUUUUACUCUGAGGUCGUUUCCAGCCUGGACAGACCCUCUGAGGAGAAGACCCAUAAUGUCCCUGUCACCGAAGAUAGAAUGAUCACGGAGGAAGUGAUUGGUGGUUUGAAACCAGGCACGAAAUAUUUAGUGACUGUAGCAGCUGACAGCCCAUUGGGCACUGGGUCACGGAGCUCUCCUCAAUAUUUUGUCACUUUGAAUGAAGAUUCCUGCCGACCUCCAGCAGCACCCCAAAAGCCCUACAUUCUUGUGGUCUCAGAUACUGAAGUGGCUAUAUCUUGGAAACCUGGAGUCAGUCAAGGAAGUGUCCCUAUUAAGUACUAUUUUGUGGAAUUCAUCAGACCAGAUAUUGACCGAAGUUGGACCUUAAUCCAAGAGCAUAUCAAAAUGGAAUCCAUGGUUAUCAGAGGCCUCGAUCCAGAUACCAACUAUCAGUUUACUGUAAGGGCCGUCAAUCCCUAUGGCAGGAGCCCCCCGAGCCUGCCCAGUGAUAUCGCCAGAACCUACCACUACAUAGGAUCAGGUGAUGAGGAAGCAGGAAGUGGCAAUUAUGGACCUGAUUAUACAAAUGGCACAGGGGUUGGUGAGGACGAUGAAGAUUUUGAAGACGACUUAGAUUCGGAUAUUUCCUUUGAGGAGGUACCGCAGCUCAUUGACACUGUUUGUGACCGGCAAUGUCCCUCUGGCAGCUUUUGUGUGGAAGACUUCUCCUCGGGAUUCAGCAGAUGCAAAUGCCAUCUGGGCAAAGGUGGAAAAGACUGCGUAGAAGAUAUUACUAUAGAGUAUCCUCGUUUCUAUGGUUACUCUUAUUUAGCCUUGAGCUCUCUGAAGAACUCCCACAAGUCAUUUCAAAUUACUCUUCAAUUUAAGGCAGAUACUAAGGAUGGUUUACUGCUGUACUGUGGAGAGAAUGAGUAUGGAAAAGGUGACUUCAUGUCUCUGAUGAUCAGUGAUGGCGCACUCAAGUUCAGAUUUAACUGUGGAUCUGGGGUUACUACCCUCAUCAGUGGGUCCAACAUAAAAGUUGGGGUCUGGCACACAGUCACCAUCUACAAAAAUGGACGGAAUGGGAUGCUGAAGCUGGACAAUGGUACUGCCUUGAUAAGUGAAUCCCCGGGUGGCUAUGAUAGGAUUACCUUCCGAACACCUCUCUAUAUUGGUGGAACCCCCCGUGCUUACUGGUUAUUCCCAGAAAUAGGAGCAAGUCUAAGCUUUCGAGGAUGUGUGCAAUCACUCAUUAUCAAUGGAAAGAAAAUUGAUCUGAGACCCCAGCCCCUGGGGAAUGCCAUCAGCGGGGCUGAUGUGGGGGAAUGCAGCCGAGGGAUCUGUGACAGAACCUACUGCAUCAAUGAUGGCAUCUGCAUACCAUCCAGCGCUGACUCCUACAUUUGUCUUUGUCCCCUGGGAUUUAAGGGUCGACACUGUGAAGAAGCUUUCACCUUGGUCAUCCCACAGUUCAGAGAGUCGCUAAGAUCCUUCGCAGCAACGCCGUGGCCACUGGGGCCUGAGCGUUACCUUUCCUACAUGAAGUUUGAGAUCAUAUUUCAGCCAGAGUCGACAGAUGGUGUCCUGCUGUACAGCCAUGACAAUAGCAGCAAGGACUUCGUGUCCAUCACCUUGGCAGGUGGCCAUGUGGAGUUCCGCUUCAACUGUGGUUCUGGCACUGCCAUUCUAAGGAGUGAAGCACCCAUCACCCUGAAUGAAUGGCAUGAGCUACGUGUAUCCCGCACAGCAAGGAAAGGCACUUUAGAGGUGGACAAGCAGAAAAAAGUGGAAAAAUUGGCAGCGGGAAGCUUCACGCAGAUAAAAUGUAGCUCCAACAUUUUUAUUGGCGGAGUUCCUGAUUAUGACGAGGUGAAGAACAACUCUGGUGUCCUCAAGCCCUUCACGGGAAGCAUCCAGAAGCUCAUCAUCAAUGACCUAACCAUCAACCUGAUGCAUGACCUGACAAGGGGUGUGAACUUGGAGAACGCAGCGCACACCUGUGUGGUGAAUCCCUGCCACAAUGGAGCCAGUUGUCAGCCCAGGAAGGAGAGAUAUGACUGUGACUGUCCCUUGGGCUUUGAGGGAAAACACUGCCAGAAAGAGUGUGGGAACUACUGCCUCAACACUAUCACCGAGCCCAUUGAGAUUCCGCAGUUUAUUGGCCGCAGUUACCUGACCUAUGACAAUCCAGAUAUCCUCAAGAGGGUUUCAGGCUCGAGAUCAAAUGCGUUCAUGAGGUUUAAGACAACUGCCAAGGAUGGCCUGCUGCUGUGGAGGGGAGACAGCCCCAUGAGAUCCAACAGUGACUUCAUUUCCCUGGGCCUUCGCGAUGGAGCUCUGGUAUUCAGCUACAACCUGGGCAGUGGUGUGGCAUCCAUCAUGGUGAAUGGCUCCUUCCACGAUGGUCGGUGGCACCGAGUCAAGGCUGUCAGGGAUGGCCAGUUGGGGAAGAUAACUGUGGAUGACUAUGGAGCAAGAACAGGCAAAUCUCCUGGCAAGAUGCGGCAGCUCAACAUGCAUGGAGCUCUGUACGUGGGUGGAAUGAAGGAAAUUGCUCUGCACACUAGCAGGCAAUUCCUGCGAGGCCUCGUGGGCUGCAUCUCUCACUUCACACUGUCCACUGAUUAUCACAUUUCACUUGUGGAAGAUGCUGUGGAUGGGAAAAACAUCAACACAUGUGGAGCCAAGUAACACCAGUUGGCCUUGCCCAAGGGACAGAGCCUUCUUCUAUCUGGGACUCCCGCCAUGAGACCCUGCCUGGUAUCAUACUCAGAGGCACAGGGAUUGAGUGUGCUUCCUCUCACCAAGAACCCGUACACCCUGAGGAGAAGCUAGCACCACACCGAGAGUCCCUGUGAGGCCUUUCCUGCUGACUCUCCGUGGGCCAAACCCCAAGGCUGACUCUGUAGGAAGCACCAGACUUUGUCCAUUGAAUGUGGAGUGGCUGCCCUAGGUCACACAUCAGUGGAAAUUCCAGAGCUUGUCUGCUGUAGCUCAGUGACUGUGUUGUGAUUCAUAGUGCUUUAAAAAAAAAGGAAGGAAAAGUGAGAGAGAGAGACCCAAAGGGCAGUAUUAAAAUACUUUUCUCCUUCCCUGACUCAUAAUACUCUUCCUGACAACAGAAUAACUGUGUGACCUUCCCCUGAAUUUUGUACCUUGUCCAUGAAUAGUAUUAACCCCUUCCAGUCCUCACUGACUGGUUCAUUAGUUCAUGGAAAUAAAGAUGAGUGGAGACUCAUCUUUAUUUGAUAAGGAGGCAUGGGAUCAUAUCAUAAUGCAACCCCCUAAGUCUACCUUAGUGAGAAAUCCUUGAUUUUUAUAAUGUAAACCCAAGAAAACAGGAACCAUCAUUUUGUAGCUGUCCUUUUGUAUGUGUAUAUUUUUAUAGCUGCAGAUUGUCCACACAGGUAUACUUUUACAGGUGUGAGUGGACAAGGCUGAAUUCUUUGCACACUCCUACAAAUGUGCUCCCCAAAGAAAUGCAGUAGAGGGUGAGUGGGAUUUGCGGGCGCUGCCUCCUGUCUUGGUAAGGGUUGAUGGCUUCAGAAGAGGAACAGGAAGCUUUCCCAAAGAAGCAGAUGAGUGGGAGCAUGUGUGAUUGAGGUGGCUCACUGUCAAUUAUGUUUCUAGGAGGUGGGGCCAUGGCACAGUAAACUCGAAUAAAGGAGACAAGAAGGCUG